AUGAGCUACAUGUCGAUGGAUUCCCCAAAAGCGGGUGAAACUGAGCACUAUAAUGCUCUUGUGCAAGAGACUUCCAAGGCCGUGGGUCAGUUUAAUCAGGUGACGCGCACGAUUGCGCAAAAGAUGACGUUGUUUGGGACACCCCAGGAUUCACGUGCCAACCAUCAGCAGCUCACGGAUCUCACGGAUCGAGGAAAUAAGCUCGUGGCCAAGAUCAAUCGCCGGCUGCAGGAUUUGAAUACAGGUGCUAAGGCUGCAGGUGGUCGUGCACGGAAAACACAAGUGGCUAAGCUGUCUGUGGACUACAAGAACCAGCUCAAGAGCUUUGAAGAAACAUGUCAGAAGCUGUUGGCAGAAGAGAGAGCUGCAGUUUCGAAUCUCCGACGGUCGUCACUUUCCUUUCGGUCAGAUGAUAAUGACAUACCUGGAGGUUUUGGUGGGUACAAUGAGGAUCAAAUUUACGCUCAGGCUAAUGUUACACGCUACAAUGAAGAUGAUUUGGCACGACGAGAAGAGGAUAUUCUCAAGAUUAAUCAGCAAUUGUAUGAGGUGAACGCGGCUUACCAGGAGGUUGAUGGACUUGUACAGGACCAAGGCGAGAUUGUUGUGGACAUUGAAGAAGACACGAACGUGGCACAGGAAAACACGCAGGGUGCGUUGCACAACGUGCGAGAGGCCAAUCGCAAGCGCGGAUUAUGCAAGUGCUCCAAGACAAAACUCUUUUGCCUUGGCAUCUUUUCGAUUUUGGUGGCUGUCGCUAUCGUUGCAAUCCUGGCACUUGUCAAAUAA